AUGGCCACUCUUAAGACUGUGAAAGCUGGCGACAAGGAGAUCUCGAUUCCGACUGGACUCUUCAUCGGCAACGAAUGGGUUGAAUCGGUUGCAAAAACCACGUUUUCUAUUGAAAAUCCCGCUACCGGCAAGGAGAUUAUUCAAGUCCAGGAAGGCCGCGCAGAAGAUGUUGACCUUGCAGUGAAGAAAGCUCGUGAGACCUUCAAUUCAGCUCAGUACAGGGAAAUGAAUCCGAUGGAGCGCGGCGCCAUGUUGAACAAGCUCGCCGACCUCAUGGAAGAGCACAAGGACAAUCUCAUCGCCAUCGAGAUGUUGGACACCGGCAAGACUUACAAACAAGCUUCUGCUCUGGAUAUCCCCGCCUCCAUCGGCACACUCAGAUACUACGCUGGUUGGGCCGACAAAAUCCUCGGCACGAGCUCGUUCAACAUUCCGAAAACCUUUGCAUAUACCAAGCGAGAACCCGUUGGAGUGUGUGGCCAGAUUAUACCUUGGAACUUUCCUCUUCUCAUGUUCACUUGGAAGAUCGCACCCGCUUUCGCCUGUGGCAACACUGUGGUGAUCAAGUCUGCAGAGGCUACACCUUUAAAUGCUCUGUACAUGUGUAACUUGAUCAAGGAAGCAGGAUUUCCUGCCGGAGCCAUCAACCUGAUCUCUGGUUAUGGCAAGAACGCCGGUGCUGCCAUCGCAAGUCAUAUGGGCAUCGACAAGGUUGCCUUCACUGGGUCGACGGUCACCGGACGAUCUAUUCUUAAGGCUGCUGCAAGCUCGAACCUCAAGAAGGUCACACUUGAGCUAGGCGGCAAGAGUCCUAAUAUCGUAUUUCCGGACGCCGACAUCAAACGAGCUGUCGAGUGGUCCGUUUGGGGCAUCAACAUGAAUUAUGGUCAGACCUGCCAUGCUGGGACGCGUAUCUACGUGCAUGAGGACGUGUACGACGAGUUCCUUGCCGCCUACACAGCGCGCCUGAAGAAGAUGCGUGUCGGCGACAACUUUGACAAGAACAAUGACCAGGGUCCGCAAAACUCAAAGAUGCAGUACGACAAAAUCCUAGGGUAUAUCGAGUCUGGCAAGAGUGAAGGUGCGACUGUUCACCUGGGGGGAAAUGCUAUCAAGGGCGAGAGUUCUGGUUACUUCAUCGAGCCUACUAUCUUCACUGAUGUCACAGCCAAUAUGAAGAUCAUGAGAGAAGAGAUUUUUGGGCCCGUGGUAGCAAUUGCCAAGUUCGAGGACGAAGACGAGGUCGUCAAGAUGGCGAAUGAUACGACGUAUGGCCUGGCAGCUGGGAUUCAUACCAAGGACUACGAGCGGGCAAUCCGGGUGACCAGCGCGUUACAGGCAGGCACGACGUGGGUCAAUAUGUAUAAUUUUGUCCACUGGUCGGUGCCCUUUGGAGGCUACAAAGAGUCAGGCGUUGGCCGAGAAUGUGGUGAGGCGGCGCUGGAGAAUUACACCGAAACCAAGGCGGUCUAUUUCAACAUGGGAAUGCGAGCACCGGAUGCGCUUGAUGACGAAUAG